ACGCACUACCCAGCAAUCCUCGGGGCAGAGUCGUCACCAGCGUUCUUCGGAGGGGAGGAAACAUGGCGUCUGCUACUCGCAUUAUCCAGAAGCUGCGGAAUUGGGCGUCUGGGCGAGACCUGCAGGCGAAGCUGCAGCUGCGCUACCAGGAGAUUGCCAAGCGGACCCAGCCACCUCCUAAUCUCCCUGUGGGCCCCAGUCAUAAGCUGUCCAACAAUUACUACUGUACUCGUGAUGGUCGCCGGGAAGUUGUGCCUCCCUCAAUCAUCAUGUCUUCACAAAAGGCCUUGGUGUCAGGCAAGACAGCUGAGAGGUCCAGCAGACCAAGACAGAAUAGGCAUUUAUGUGGAAGUCUGGAAGUCCGAGCCAUGAGUGAAGCUUACUUGUUUGUUCAGUCUUCUGAGAAACCAGGUGAAAGAUCAUUGCCAGUUCCCUGGCAGACCAGUUUUUGCUGGCAUGAUAAAGAAGUCCCCUCUGGCAUAGCCUUUAUAAGGAAGCUCUGCUGUGGCAGUCACUGAGAAGAUGGCAGUGACACCUGCUCCUCCCAUAAAGAGGUGGGAGCUGUCUAAGGACCAGCCAUACCUGUGACCCUGCCCUAGGCUACCUUGCCAUGUCCCCAUGGCCAUGUGACUGCUUUUCCUCCUUGGAUUUCUGCUGGGGCGAGCAUAACCUAAUUUAUAAAAAAUACAUCAAAUGCCACAUUACUUCCA